ACUGAUCAGUUAAUUUUCACACUUCACAGUGAACUAUGGCUUCUGUAGAAGAUGGUAAUGUACUACUGGAUGCCGCCAGUAAAAUGGGGGCUGAAGUUUCGAAACAAGCUAUUAGAGAAAAAGUUUGGGAACAUUUUGAAAGCAACGAUAUUGCUGCCAAUCCUAUUCCCGUUAAGAACCGUAUUCCUAACUUUAAAACUUCUGCCGCUGCAUGCGACAAGUUAGCCGAAUUAGAAGUAUUCACGAAGGCCAACAUUAUCAAGGUUAACCCUGAUAAACCGCAACAACAAAUAAGAUUUAGAACGUUGGAAUGCAACAAGACUCUGCUAGUCCCAACUCCGCGUUUAGCACGUGGGCUGUUUAACCGAAUUGAACCACCUGCAAAUGCAAACAAGAAAGUCCUUAGAACAUGUUCUUCCACCAUUGGGUUGAAACAUUAUAAGACUCAAAUCGGCCUUGAUACCAACGUGAAACUUGAUCUGUUGGUUGUCGGUUCUGUUGCUGUUUCUCCGACUGGUGUUCGUAUUGGCAAGGGAGAAGGUUUUGCUGAUCUUGAAUAUGCUCUGUUGGGAACGGUUGGAGCAAUUACUCCGGAAACGCUUAUUGUGACUGUCGUUCACGAGAGUCAAGUAAUUGACAUUCCGGAAUCUUUGGUUCAACCCCAUGAUUUUGGUGUCGAUAUGAUUGUCACUCCAACGCAAGUUAUCGAAGUAAAACCUCGCAAGGAGAGACCAACGCCGAAAAUUGAUUGGAGCAUUUUGACUGUAGAGAAAUAUAGAGCAACAGGAAUUUUGAAACAAUUACGUGAAAAGGAAAAGGCUGAUGGUAAAGAUGUCAAGUUGGUUGAUCAAGGAGAAGUUGAUCCCGAUGAUGAAAUCAUUACUCCAGAAAAGAAAUCGAUUCGUAGACGAAAUUACGAGAACAAGGAAAACGAAGGUGAACAAGGAAACGGUGAAAUGAAGAAGAGAAAUCGAAAAGUUUUUAAACGCCGAUUUCUCAAAAAAAAAGGACAACGACUUGAAGAAAACGAAAAUUCGAAUGCCCAACAGGGUGAGGACAACGAGAAAAAAGAUAUUCCCAAAAGAAAGUAUCAAAAACGCCCUCGUCGUAGAACCGAUGAUAAGGAAAUGAAAGACGGCAAAGAGAAUAAGGAAAACAAAGAAAAUAGCGAUGCAAAGAAAAAGAAUCGACAACCUAUGUACGCUGUUUGGUUAGGAAAGAUUUCCCGUGACGUUCGCGUUUCGGAGCUUAAGGAACAAGUAAGAGGACGUGGUGUACUCCCGGUCCACGUUGUUUGGAGACCCCAAACUCGUUCUGCUUUUCUUCUUCUUUUCGAAGCUGCAAAGGCUGAGGAGGCAGUUGACAAGUUGGAUGGUUUAGAUGUAAACGGAUGCAAACCAAUUGUGGAAAUUUCUCGCAAAACCAAACAGAGAUUGAGUGAAGGCGAAAAGGAAGAGAAGACCCAGGAAGUCGUAGUAGAAAAUGAAGCCUAA